AGAAGUUAGAAAUGUGUUCAAUUGAAAAAAUUUUAGUGUCAAUAGUUUUGAUCAACAUUUUACGAUUGGAAACAUAUCUUUGUGCAAAAAACAAUAGCAAGAUCAUAAUGGAAGAUGCUCAAGAAAAAUAUAAAUUCUUGAUAACCGGCGGUUAUCGUCCGAAGAUAGAUACUUUGGCAAAAUAUGUUGUCUCCAUACGAGGAAGCAAACACAGAUGGUUUUUUGGAGAUGAUCACAAAUGUGGCGGCUCCAUAAUCUCACCCAAAGUUAUUCUGACCGCAGCACAUUGUGUUUGUAAGCGUCACAGCCGAAUACGGCUGAAACCGUCAGAUUUAACGGUCGUGGCGGGAACCCCGAGGCGUUUGGUACCUACUGAAACAACACAAGUCUUAAAAGUUGAUAAAAUUAUACGACACGUCUACUACAAACCGUUAACUUUUCGAAAUGAUAUUGGUAUAUUGUUGUUGGUAAAAAAUAUAUAUGAAGACGGUGUUGCAGUACAGAGAAUUAGUCUGCAAACCCACCAUUUACCGCCCUAUACUAAAUGCACCGUGCUUGGCUGGGGUCGAGUUUUUUUCAGGGGCCCGAUGCCAGAUGAAAUAUUACAUGUCGAUGUCUCUAUAAUGCCAGACAAUUACUGUGACGCUAGAACUGACAAAUAUGCUUUUGGCAUGAUGUGUGCUGGCGAUUUGGCUGAUCCUGAGAAAGAUUCGUGCAGUGGUGAUUCAGGUGGUCCGCUGAUAUGUAAUGGCAGUGUAACGGGUAUUGUAUCGUUUGGCGUUAAAUGUGGUAUACCCGAACAUGCCGGUUAUUACACCAAUGUGACUUCGUAUCUUGAGUGGAUUCGUGAGAACGGUUUCAGUAAAUUGAGGCCUGUAAAUUUGAUUUUGCUAGUUAUAUUACAAAUUUUCUUAAUGAAAGUUAAACUAAACUAAGUUUUGUGAGGAAAAUGGUUUAUGUGUUAGGGACAGGAGUGAGGAGUUGACAAUGUCUUAACGCAGGUGAGCGUGUUAGAGAGCGGUUGAAUAAAGCGAGCUCGACUUAGUGUUUUACCGAACCAGUAUCGGACUGAUUGUUACCUUUCAUUACUAUCAUCUAAUAACAUGACUGCCAACGGAUUGUCAUGAUAACUUAUCCUGUGCAAAUAUGCUGAACUAAAUCUUUUAAUUUCAUCUUUAACAAUAUACCUUUUGUCAGGUCUGAUUGAAUGGCUUUAUUUGUUAUGAACCAAGGAAGAGACAGAAGAGACGAAGCAACAUACACUAAGGCCUGGCCGAAAACACAGCUAUCCUGAGGCUAUAAAAGUCCUAAGUGGUAUUUGUCUCCGAAAGAACUGGCUAUAGUGAAUGAGUCGCAUAAGGGGUCGAAUGAUCUGGUCAUCGCUUUAUGGCAGAAGUCAUGAUCCCCUAAAGGUUAGGUAAGAGGAAAAAAAGAUAAAUCCGCAGUAGUGUCAGAAAACUAAUUGCAGUAGGCGAACGGAAUAAUGUUCAGCUAUUUAGGGUUCCGGACAUACAGGUAGUGGAGGAAACGAAAUUGCAAACAAACUUGCGAAAGUAGCGGCCCCGGCAACAGGCCCUGUGCCUUUCUAUCUAAUAAGCAGACACACGAUAAAGAAGGAAAUGAGACAUGAAAAAAAGAAAAUGAAGAAAGAUACUGGUUAGUAGUGACGGAAUAAGACAAUCAAAGUAACUAAUAAACGGCUACAAUACCAGAAGAGAUAAAAAUCUUUUUUUAUUUAUUAAAAAUAACUUAAGUAUAAUAACAUGAUUUAGAGGACACUGCCGACUGAACGAACAUAUGCACAGAAAUGUACUCUGACGAAACUUGUCGGUGCUGUGAGGUAAAAUCGGAGACACCAAAGCACAUAUCGUGACAUGCGAUGCUGUAGCUAGAAGAAGGCUGACGCUUCCAGGAGUCAUUCUGAGGCAAAACUACAUUAAAUCCAUCAAUACCUCAAGCAUCCGAGGCUUUAGUAUUGAACGAAAUAAUGUGAAAGAAUCAGAGGGCACAAUAGUGCUAUGAUCGCGGUUUCAAUGUUACCAACAUAUCCAUUUAUCCACAGCAACUAUAUUAACUGAUUACUCGUAUUCCGAUUAAUUCACUAUUCUCCGUGUGUCAGACCGUCAUAUGUCGGAACAUCACAUCAGUUAAGUGCAAUUUCGGCACUGGCUGGUGUCACUUCGCGGCGUGUUCCGGCCUGCGCACCAUGCGUGAAUGGAGUGAGUCGUACGUUGCCCCAUGCUGCUGGAGUCUGCCCCCGCAACACACAACAGUGGCGUCUCCAAUCUACAUCACAGUACGACAACCGCCCCUGCGUGUUCUGCAGCUGCAACAACCACCACCAACACGCCACUCCCUCACCCCCAGCAUCAUCCACGGACACCAGCGACAAACCCGCGUUCUUCAAUUUAACUGCAACGGACUUCAGAGUAAGAUCGAGGAGAUAGAUAUGAAUCAGGAAGGCGUAUCGAUAGCUGUGGUUCAAAAAACCAAGCUAAAGCUAAACAGCCCCUCAGAUCUUCUGAAUUGUGCCGGUUUCAUAGUAAUACGUAAGGAUUGCGAGCGAGAUAAUGGUGGUAGCCUAGCCUUCAUAUUGCACAACACCGUGCAAUGUCGUCUAAUCGAUGAAGUGAGCGACCACAAGGAUACUACCCUAGAAUGUGAGGGUAUAGCUAUGCGGCCAGGCGAUGUCGAGCUUGAAAUAUUUAAUAUAUACAUCCCCCUGUUAUAUGUUGCCCUACAGGAUAUCACCCGAAUAUAGGCGCGCUACUUCGUGGUGAAAACCAUCUGGUAGAUGCGAUUUUAACGCGCACCACGAUCUUUGGCAUUCCUGCCUGUCAAACGAUCGUAGGGGGAUGGAGCUGGCGGAACGACGAUUGACGAUUCGACAUUCUGCACAAUGAAUGACGAAGCCCACACCAGGUUGCGUUCGCAUCAAAACCACACAUAUGUAUGUAUAAAGUAAGUUAAAAGACUUCCUAAGAUUAAAAAUAUUCGGUAAAGUUUUGGGAGAAAUCGCUCUUAUAAAUUUUUACCUAAUUGUUUACUAUAAAUUAUUGUGUUAUACAUAUGUACAUACAUACAUAGAAGUUGGUACAGUGGCGAUUUAUGUUGAAGGUAUUUAAGAGAAUAAAAAGACGGGAGUGAUUCUACAUUCGAUUUAACAGCGACGUCCUUUGCUCUCCAAGAAGCUAGUAAUUGAUUAGAACGUUGCUGUUGUUGUUGUAACGAGUGCCUAGACCCUCCAUGUGGGAAAGUACCAUUUUAGCCAAAGCUGUUAGCUGGAGCUGUUCCAACGGGUUCGGACCACAGGAAAAAAGGAGUUAAGUGAGAUGGCUUCAUGUGGGCAGAACCUUGCGGUGACAAUUCCCCAGGUCGAACAAGUCAACUGAAACAAUAAAAGUAAACAAAUUUCAUUAGUUUAGCGUAAUUCCUUUUGCUUGAACGAUCGUUUUUAUGACUUUUUUUUUGUGCACACGGGAACGUUUUAUGCAAAAAAUGAACUUUUCGGUCACUAGAAAUUUCACUAAAAAAUUCAAAAAAAAAAAAUUUUAUGCGUAAAAAGUCGAUCGUUCAAGCACAGAAAAACUUCAUUACCAACAUUAAAAAAAAAAUUUGAAGAAAAUCGGUUCAGUAGUUUUCCGCCAAUCCAUGUCACCGCAAAGUCAUUUUUCAAAAAACACCAUUUCGAGA